CAUGAGCCUCAAAUCCCAGCGCAGGAGGCGGGAUGUUAUUCUCCGGACUGCAUUUGGGGGACAGAGCGCAGUUUACUGGGUGAUACAGAAUCGAAACAAAUGGAUGAUCUGGAGCCCAAAAAGGACGACCUGCCUUUAAAAGCUAACACAAAUCACAUCCUAGUCAAGCAUUAUGUCCUGAACCUCAGUGUGGACUUUCAGACAGAAGAAAUUGGAGGAAGUAUCGUCCUUUUCCUAGAACCGCAUAAAGGAUGCGACAGGACAGGGGAGUUAGAAUUGGUAUCCCCAUCCCAUGAAGGUGAUUUAAACUCUCAGUUUGUUCAUGAUGGUGAAAAAGCCAAUGACUUUACAAAUGUCACCCAUACAUUUGAAGACAUAGGCUCACAAGGAAGCCAAAAUCACGCAAAUGCCAUACCAGGGGAUGAUGGAAGUGAGGACUUCACCUUAAUUUUAGACUGCUGUGACCUGUUGGUGUCUAAGGUAGAAGAAGUGGAUGUAUGUACUGUUUCUGAACUCAGGAAUCUUCUAGAGGUUGAGCGGGUGGUUCUGGACAUCACUCAGGAUUCAUCAUUUGAUUUAGUGCAGAGGCUCAUCUCUCUUCCUUCAGACAGAUGGAAAGAGCAGCAGGAUCUGUAUUUCCAGUGCAGCUGUGCGCCUGCUGUGAGUCAAACCGAGCCUUUACUGUUUCACAUGGACCAGUGGAGUCUUCAAAUUAAGAAGAAGGGGGUUCAAUCUCCGGAUGCUUUCCCUCGCACUAUUAGGAUCUGGUACAAGACAAAGCCCACAGGAGGCUCUGUGAGGUGGACCAAGGACCAGGAUGAUGGGCGCUGUGUUUACACCAUGGGCUCACCAAUUAAUAACCGGGCUCUCUUCCCCUGCCAAGAACCACCUGUUGCAAUGUCAACGUGGCGGGCCCAAGUGAAAGCCCCGUGUGAAUAUAUGGUUCUGAUGAGUGGUGAGAAUCAGGCUGUUCCUGUACCUGACGAGACAGGUUUUUUACAAUGGGGUUAUUACGUUACUAUGCCGAUGCCCGCCUCGACUUUUACCAUAGCAGUUGGUAAGUGGCAGGAAGCCAAAUCAUUGCCUCACAACCAAGAAGAGGGAAAAAGUGAGAAGACUUGUGCAAAAUUAGACCACAGAAACUUUGAUUAUCCAGGAAUUUGGCUUGAGAACCAAAGCAGUGAAAACCAAGGCUUACAUUACAAAGAGGAAGAUAAGAGGAAAUUUUGCAGCCAUGUGGAUUAUCCGUGCCGUUUCAUGCACCAAGCGUCUAUUGCCCAGGUUGUCAUACCCCACCGCGUUUUUGCCCCAUCCUGUCAUUUGCACAAGGCUGAAUCCACGCUCCUGCAUCUUUUGCCUCUCUGUUUGGCUGCGGCUCACUCUGUAUUAGGCAUCCAUCCGUUCUCUCGCCUUGAUGUGCUCAUUGUUCCUCCAGGGUUCUCCAGUCUGGGCAUGGCCAGCCCACAUAUCAUCUUCCUGUCCCAGAGUGUUUUAGAAGGUAACAAAAUCCUUUGUGGGACAAGGUUGUGCCAUGAGAUUGCUCACUCCUGGUUUGGUUUGGCCAUCGGGGCACGGGACUGGACAGAGGAGUGGAUCAGUGAAGGAUUUGCUACAUUCCUAGAAGAUGUGUUCUGGGCCAAAAUCCAGCAGUCCCAAGUAGGCAGCUCUGAGAAUGAGGAGCAGAAACAGCUGAAGGCUCUGCUACGCUGGAGAAGACUGAAGGAUGAGAUCGAGAACUCAGAAGAGGAGCUGCAGGUCCUUAGGCCCAAUAAGGACACUACAGGAGAGGUCAGCGAGUCUGGAGCCUCCGUCGUGAAGCAUGCCCUUAACCCGGGAAAACCAUUCAUGCAAGUGCACUACCUCAAAGGUUACUUUCUCUUGAUGUUCCUGGCUGGUAAAGUGAGCGAGGAGGACUUCUUGAGCUUCUUCAGACUUUUCGUGAGAAGAUUCCACGGCCAGCUUAUCCUGUCUCAGGACUUUCUUCAGAUGUUUCUGGAUACAUUCCCAGCUUUGAAAAGUCAAGGUGUUACUCUCGAAUCUAUUUACUCAGACUGGCUGGAUUCACCUGGAAUUCCAAAGUGGCUCGGAGAAGCCAGCUCGAAGUGGUCUCAGUCUCCGGCAGUCACACGAGUCACACAGGAGGUUGUAAAAUGGAUGCACCUCAGUGGCGGCACUCGAAAGGGCACCAAGCGGAAGAGAGCAGGGCCCAAGGUGAACUUCAAAGAGUUGAAUCCGUGGCAGUUGGUCCUGCUGUUGGAAUUCCUGCUAGAGGAGACAAAACUCAGCACAUCCUGUCUCAGCCUGCUGCAAACCACAUACAGACUGCGGAACCAGGAUGCUGAGGUGAAACACAGAUGGUGUGAGCUGAUAGUCAAGCAUAAAUAUGCAGCUGCAUACAGAGAUGUUGAACACUUCCUCAUUCAUGACCAGGCUAUGGGUGUAUAUCUGUACGGCGAGCUGAUGCUGCAGGAAGAUGGACAUCAGCAGGCGUUAGCGCGACAAUGCCUGUCAGCAAUCAGAGAUGAUAUGGACCAAUCAGCACGCAGGAUCGUGGAAGAAAUGAUCCUCUAAUUGAGGAAAGGAGCAGGACAUGAUGCAGGCUCUCUUCUUCAGGCUCAGGCAUCCGAGUGUGAAGCAGCUCAGGAAUAUCCACAGCAGCACACAGGCACUUGACAUAACAGCUAAUCACCACUUUUUCUUUUCAAGGAGGGUAAAAAUGUGUAGUUGUACAGGACAACUGAGAAAAAGGCAUCCUUUAGAUGCCUAAAGAUCCACUAGACCACAGCGACAGAGGAAACAAAUACAUGGCAUCUGUUUGUUACAAACGUGGCAAGAUGACUUUGAUUUAAACAUGGAAGCAUUGAUAAUGUACAUACAGUACUUUGGAAAGACUGAAAUGUCAGUUUCUGUUAUUUAAUCCUACUUUGGUCACUGGAUGCUAGAACUACUGGGGAGUUACUGCUAUACAGCCAUUUUUGCUGUUAUUUUUGCACCAUGUUAACUAGGCAGUAGAAUAGUUUGUAUCAUAAUAGUGCUUACUUCCAUUGUGACUGUUAUGUAUUUCCAUUGUUAAUUCUGUUGAUCUUUUUGUAUAACACUUUCUAAGGAAUCUUUUUAAAUAAAAUAUUUUCUAAAACAUGUUUUUUA